GCCUUUGAAAUUAUACUGAAUUUUCAGGACUUGAAGAAAAAAGAUGCUUAGGGAGCAGUGCUGAAUGCACACAGUUGUUCAGCUGAGGUCAGCCUGACAGAGGAGAAGAGGACUUCAGUUGUUCAAUACCCAUGAAAAAUGAGGCAGGCAGUCUUGUAAUUAUGUUCAUAUUAAUUUGAAAAGGUCUUUCUGACCUGAAGUGGAUGUCAGUUUUACUUUCCAGUGUUUCUCAAAACCAGUUAUAUAAGUUGGUCUUAGUAACGUAUAUGUUUUAUCAUGAUCAUAUUUUCCUUAUUUUCUUGACAUGAGACUUCUUUAUAACGUUUUUACAUUGUUACCUUUUAUUACAUUAUGUGCAUUUUUUUCUCCCUCUGGAAGAAAGUUUCUGUGAAAAGGAAAUAGGAACCAAACUUGGAAAUCUAAAAUAAAGACUAAACUGCUUUUCAUUUACUUUUCUGCCCUUUGAGAUGCCAGAAGCAAUUUCCUCUUGAAGCUGACUUCCUUUCUGGAAAUGAUUUUCGUCUCCGACCAUGUUGAGGCUCUUUUCUCAUUCUUUCGUUCUGACUAACUUGCUUUUUUGCUUCUGACUUGCUACUGCAUUUGGGCACUACUUCUGGGGAUCUUACCAUGGGGUGCGGACUCAGAAAGCUGGAAGACCCAGAUGAUAGCAGCCCUGGAAAGAUUUUUUCUACAUUGAAGAGACCACAAGUUGAAACAAAGGCCGAUUCUGCUUAUGAAUAUGUAUUGCUGGAUUUCACUUUAGAAGCUUCCUCUAAUCCAGAAGUUAUCAAGAUCAGUUCUGUGUUGGAUAUAGCAUCUAAGGUGGAAGAAUAUUACAAUAAAGGAUAUGUUGUAGGAGCUGUUCAUCCUAUUUUGCUGCCAGUUGGACACAGAAGAAAUUUCCCUGCAAGUCACAUGUAUCGGGUGGUACUGUCACGAUUAAAACUAAGCCAGAAGCAUGCAGCACCCAGAGGACAAAGGAACCCCAGGCUAGUGAUUGAGGAAUGUCCUGUAACGUAUGAAACACUGACAAACGAGGUAGUGAAAGAACUGUUAGAAAAGGUUAAUGAAGCAGCUAAAAGAGGAAAGAAGUUUGUGGGAUUUGUAACGCAGCAUUUUCCUCAAAUUAAAGCCUGUAAUGGAGCAAGCACAGAUGGGAGUGCAGAGCUGGAGUCGGCACUGGGCGGAAGAAAUAGGGAACACAGAAGAAAAAGUUCUGACGAUGACUAUAAAAACUGGAAUGAAAGGUCACUGUGUGAUAACCUAUCUGAGAGUGGGAACGAAGAGGAAAUGCAAGCAGAUAGUGCACUGUUACAGGAUGCGGAUUUCCAGUUUGGAAAAGAAGGCAGCCCUAUUAAACCACGAAAAGGAAAUGACAAGCUGUAUACAGUCUUCAAUGUUUUUGAUGACGACUCUGCCUGCUGGACCUAUCAUGAAGGCAGCUUGUCCAUGAAAGUAACAAGAAAGGGACCCGUUAUCAGUACACUGGAAGCAGACUGGCUAGAGCUAACUACAUUUUAUUACAAACAAGGAUUAUCUUUAAUUGAUUCUUUUGUACACUGGGAAAUUUCUAAAGGUGACCAUUCCCCCAGAUCUUUAGAAGGAUUAUUUAUCUAUGAAGAAGAAGGUUCUGGGGUUCCAGGUUCGAACAGGAAAGGAAAUGAUGCAAUUGUUGUUGAGCAGUGGACAGUCAUUGAGGGGUGUGAAGUGAAAACAGAUUACGGACCUUUACUGAACACGUUGGCUGAGUUUGGAUGGCUCCUGACCUGUGUCCUGCCUACACCUAUUGUACGACAUGACAGUGAAGGAAAUCUGGCCACAAAGCAAGUUGUUUUUCUUCAGAGACCUGUUGUAUGGAAUUCGGCUGUCCUGACACCAGAGAAGAAAUCCUUGAGGCAAGUUACUGGGGAGGAAAAAGGCAAAGCUGCCAGCAGAAGUGUUGGAUUAGACACUGCUACUUCUCACCCUGUAGAAACUGGCCAACCACCCGAUGAGCUCCAUUUGUCUCCUUCUAAGCAGUGUUGUAUCAAAGAAGCCUCCUCCCAGUAUGGGGGUUUCUCAGGGUUCAGUAGCAGCGAUGGAGUAUUAAUGGAUGAUGGACAAUUUGACCAGGAAGAUGGAGUCACUCAGGUCACGUGUAUGUGAUGAAGUAAGUAACUGCAUCAGAUGGACAUGUACAUAAUUCACACAACUGUAAAACGAUGUACUACUUUAAAUGCAUUGCUGUGUAAGCUUAUGACUUUUCCCAGACUCAUUUUGUAUUGUUGCCUGUUUCUUUGUUAUGCUAUUCCUACUGUAGUAAUAAUACUACUGCAAAAUAAUUCGGCUUCCUGUCUGUCUUCGGUAGAACAGCUACCUGACCGGGUGCUCUGCUGCUUGUUGUUAGUAUUUUUAAUAAGCAGAGAAGCAAAAGCUGCAGAAACAAGUGUGUGUUCUGUAAGAGAGAAAGGGGUGUGGAUGUUGAGCAUCUUCCACAUGCUAGAGGGCUGGUUAUUGCAUUUUUUAGUUACUGUUUUUUAAGACUGUUGUAAAUAUUGAUUGGGGGGGAAGAAAAGGAAGAAAAAUGCAUAAUUUUUAUUAUGCAUAAAAGCAUAUUGUUAUGUUUUCACUUGACUUUUCACUCAUUUUUACUUGUUCUGCCUGAACACAAAAGCCUGUAGAAAAUGCAAGUCGUGCUAGAGGGUUAAUUUAAGCUGCGUUCAGCCUGGUAUGUACAGAAGAUUUCUGAAGGCUGUAGGCAGAAAUUGGUUCCUGUAAAACAUUCUCACCUCUGUAGGAUUUGCCAGGGCUCCAUGUUCCAAGCUGUCUCAAUAUAUAGCUUUGUAUAUAAGAAUGGCACUACAUAUUGUUAACUUAGUAUGAGUGGAAAUGCAGACCCUCGCCACUUUGGUUGGGUAACUUGUGUUCUAUGAAUUUGUUUGAGGGGCUGUACAUGAAACACCGACAGCCAGGUGCACACUGAUGCUGAUGAUGUACAUAGGGGAAGAAGCAGACAUUAGAUGAGACUUGAUACAAAAACACUGACUAUAUAUGCUUUAUUUUUUAAAGUUCCUUGCUAACUGUACAUCCUAGUGGAUAAACUGCAUCAAAUACCCCAAGUGCUGUUCAGGAGAAAGAUGGAGAGCCCUGGGGUUCCAUCCUUGCUGUGGGGAUGAGCUCAGACAGAGAGGGCACAGGCAGGAAUUGUUUUGAUGCCACUGUGUUGCAAUUGUAUCUGGCAGUUCAGCUUCCUUCCAAGCUGGUCUGCCACUACAGCUGGGAAGAAGUCAAAAGCCACGAGACAAGAAAUUCUAACUUGGAGUGUGAUGCCAUACUCCUGAAAGUAGUGAACCUUAAAACUAAAUUGCAGCUAUUUAUGUGCAAUACCACCUAAAACACUUAACUUCAAUGCAGUUACUAUUUCCGGAAUGCAUUUAUUGGACAAAAAGAAUCACUUAACUUUUAAUUGAGGUAUUUUCAUCCCACCAGGUGGUGAGAAUGCAGAAAAAUCCAACUGGUAUCCAGGUGCUUCCUCUAAAAAAGAUUUUCCCCUAAGACUGAUGGAAUAUGAACACAGGAGAUUCCAUUUAUGCGAUGAGAGCAGUCCAAAUGUGUACCAGGCUAUUCUAAGUUACUCCCACUUGGAGUAAGAGAAGCUUUUCUUAAGCUGUAGGCUACUAAAAAGGAACGUGGCUGUAUUUUAGAGCUGUGAAUGUACUUCAGUCCUCACUGCUGAGUCUCAGCAGGUUUUGAGGGCUGAGCAGGACCAUUGUAGGAGGGCAGCAGAGAGUGGUUUCCUGCUGCAAGAUCUUCGUUCAGAAGCAGAGGAAAGGGUUUGCUCUGUCCACAUGAAGAGUGCAUGUGAAUGAUCCAACGUCCCGCAGUAGCUGAAGAACACAAAAUAACACACCUGCCUUCCUAGGGCAUGGAUGCUGAAAUAUCUGCAAAUGCCUCUAAAACAAAUCAAAACUCUUAAUGACAAAGAGAUUUUCCAUCUCAUUUGAAGAAGUGAAAAGGAGAGGGUGCAUUUUCUGUAGAGGGGAGUUGAAUUGAGGUUACGUGUUGUUACGCUCUUACACAAAUAAGAGCACUGAGCUGUGCCAUUACUAAUGUUGCCAAUUACUGGCACCUUUCUAUUUAUUUAAAUCCAAGUUGGUAAAGCAGAAGGGCCGUGAGGGAGAGUGAGGCAGCUGGUAAGUUUGCUUUAAAUGCUCCUGUUAUAAAAAUCCUUUGCCUACACACAUGCACGCUGCUCAGUCUUCAUUUUACAAGAACACAUUCUAUGUAUUUCAUUAUCUUAUGCCUUUUUAUUGAAUGAAUUGUGAAUCUCAAAGCAUGAAUGCAUCCUCCAACAAAAAAACCAACCAAUUUAUGCUCCAGCAUGGCUUCAGCUGUCUUGUUUAGUUGAGUCUUACAGGUACAGAGAUGGAAAGCCAUUAAUGCUGUUCCUAGACCUCUGCAAAAGGCUGGUUAUAGCUCAACUCUUGUUUGGAUAAGAAAUACUUUGGAAGUGUUUGCAAACCCAGACAAGAGUCUGUUACAAACAAAAAUGCUGUGCCCUGCUCUUAAUUGUCACAAGGUUUUUUACAUACCUCAUCACCUGCAAUAAACUGUUGCUUAACUUUCUGUUUCUGGUCUAUAAAAUACAGUGGUUUUUGUGUAAUGUUAAAAUCCUUUUUAUAUCUGAGGAGAAGCUUCUCACCAUUAAAAGCACUUACUGAAUCGGC